AUGGGCCCCUGUACCGCCUCCUCAUGCUGCUGCCAGGCCCGUAAUCUGCCAUGGGCCCCCGUACCGACUCCUCAUGCUGCUGCCAGGCCCGUAAUCUGUCAUGGGCCCCUGUACCGCCUCCUCAUGCUGCUGCCAGGUCCAGAGUGUGUCAUGGGUCCCUGUACGGCCUCCCAUUGCUGCUGUCUCCAUCGCCACACUCUGCCAUGUGCCACUUUCAGGUCUCCUCACACUGCUGGUGGGUUCCAUUUUGUCAUAGGGUGCUGUAUGGCCUCCCAUUGCUGCUGCCUCCACCGCCACACUGUGGCUCCACACUCUGGUUUUGGCCUCGUGACUGCCCAAAUGAGUGAAGUGUGCGGUGAUUCUAAGAUCGACGGCACUCAUCUGCAUGUCAUACUGACUGACAGUAUUAUUUCUCUUCCCCAGCAGACUCCAAGGGCAUUUAAAUUAAAGGUACAGUGUUCUGCACUAAUAUAA